AUGCCAGACGUUGUUGAACAUACAGCUCCUCCGUUGCCUCAUGUGGAGAUCAACCAGGCGCCAUUGUCCAUGGUUAUCAGAAAUUUGACGGUAUUCACUAUUAAAGAGCUAUCGCAGUUUAUUAAGACGAAUGUCCAUGUGAACACUAACUCGCAGGAACCUUCCUCUGCCAGGAAGAUCAACUUCUUGCAGUUAGUUAUUUUUUUGAGAAACCAAUUCUUGAAGUUGUACGUUCUGAUUAAAUGGUGUCGAACCAUUAAGGGCAACAAUUUUCAUGUUCUGAUCGAUCUAUUGAAUUGGUUCAGAACAGCAAAUAUGACAGUGAACAACUGUAUCUGGGCAUUGAAGAAUAAUCUGAUCACCAUGACCAAUGCAAAAUUGCCCAAUGCCGAUCUAACCACUGCCUUGGAGGUUUUGAGUCUUGGUAGACCAAAUCUACCAACGCAUAAUUUCAAAAUGAGUGGUGAAGAUAGUUCGACUGUUUUGGAAAAUGGUGCUUUGAAAAUUCCCCCAAAGUUGAUCCUGAGGAGACUUUACGAUUUAAAUUUAAACAUCUCCAUUAAACUGUCAAUGAUGGAUAUCCCUCCACAAAUGAAGAACUAUCGAAUCAAAGAUGGUAGAGUAUUUAUAACUGUACUGGAUGAGUUUGAAAUUCAAUUAGCUACCAUUGAUAGCCAACAUCCUUUGUUUUUCGUUGAUUUGACUCUACUAUUAAAUAAUCAAUAUUUGCAUUUGAACAAACCAAGAUUCGAAAAGGUUAUCAACGACCUUCUGCAUAAGACUGAAGAGCCAUUAUACGAACUGUACAUUUUCUUACAUAAAUAUGUGGUCACAUUAAAAUUGUAUUUAAUUCACAUAGAGUUAACUAGCUUGGAGAGUAAUGGUAAGUUUUUUGGUGGUAACUUGGUACAUAGAUAUGAUGCUAAAAAGAGUGUCAUUACAGUUCGUUAUUGGUUGAAUGCUAGAAUGGGUAAUAAAGGAAAAAUAACGAUCGGUAUAGACAAAGAAUCUAACAAUCUGGUAUUGCGUUGGAAUAAUGAAAUAGCAAGAGGCAUCAACGCAUUGCCUGUAGUAUACACGAAUAUUUUGUCGAAUAUCGAAAACAUCCUCGAUGAAGUGAUGUUUAAUCAUUCACAUCUCAUUAGAGCUGAAUUAUUAUCAAAUGGAAUAUUUCAAGAAGAUGAAGAGAACUCGGAUGUGUUGUUGUUCCAAAUACCAACCACUUGCAUAUCUGUCGCUCCAGUACAAUUGAAAAUCGACCUGAUCAGCGGUAUCUUUUAUUUCAAAAAUUCAACCACUUUAUUACAAUCUUAUGCUCAGCAAAUAAACAAAUCUGACUCCAUUAAAGAACUAACUUUAGUUCUUCAAAGAUUAAGAUUGGAUAAAAUAACAUAUAUACUUCAGAACAUGUUUGAAAAAACUGGCUGGGUUUGCAGUAAAGUUGUGGAAUUAGAAAAACCAAUCAAAUCUCAUGUUAAUACCAAUCGUUCUAAAGAUAAUUCUUUUAAUCUGCUACAAAAAGAUAUAUUCAUAUCUUUACCAAAUUGGCCUACUCAUUGGUAUUUGAUUAUUACUGUAGUGUCAUCUAAGACUUCAUGUAUUAUUGAGAAAAGAAUUAGUAAAAUAUUAGCGGUAAAAGGUAAAUGGGAAUUAAAAUAUCUCGAAGAUUCAAGUGUAACGGCAAAUUUAGAGACGAUAACUUAUCAGAAAAUUAUGAAUUUACAAAGAACCAUAUUACAUAAGAUAAUUAACCACAUGCUGAUUGAUUCUUUGAACCAAUUGAAGAUAAAGAAUAAGAUUUGUUCAUCAUCUGCAAUAUCAAGCCAGCUGCCAAAAUAUGUUGUUGACGAUCAAAGUAUCAAGGAAGGUUCUAUAUUUCAAAGCACUUCUCAGAAACAGAACUCUUUGGGCUAUAUAUCAGUGAUUGCUUUAGAAUUGACAUCAUUCUUAGAUAAUUCGGAUACAGCUGGUCAAAUAUUCGAAAGCUCAUUACUCUUAAAGAUAGAUUACGGAAAAUCUCAAAUCAAAUUAUUUGGUAAAUUUGUGAUCGAUACCAUGAUGACCAAAUUUGAACCUGAGAAUUUAAACAUCAAUUUCAUUAAGGAUGAUCCAAAGGCUUUCUAUUUAGACGCAACUUUUAUGAACAUGAACAAUAUAGUUCAAUAUUUGAGUAAAUUCAAGAACAAUUUAAUGCAGUUAGUUAGUUUAACCGAUGUUGUUGAACGUUUGCGUAAAAAUUUCGAAUCAGAGCACUUCAAAAUUCUAAACUUACAACCAAAUGAAGUUGCCUUCAAAUAUUUCGAGAAAUCGACAAAUGAACCAGAUUGUACGAUUAAAAUCAUUUCCAAUGACGAGGUAAUAGAAAACUUACAAGUUCAAUUAUCACCUUCAAGUCCCCAAUAUAUAAUACAGAAGUUUUUGGACGACAGCCACAUGCAUUUCCAUUUUAUAUUUAACUACUUACAGUUUACAUCAUCCUUAUUCACAUCGCUAGAUUUGAUUCAAAACGAAAAGAAGUCUGGCUUGUACCAAAACUUCACUAAGGUGACAGUGGGUCUCCAUAAUUUGAAUGAGUACCAACUGAUGUAUCACAACCCUGAAGCCGGUACCAAAAUAUCAAUCACAAUAGAGCUUAAGAUCGUAUCCCAUAAUGGCCAAAAGAAGAUCCAAUACUAUGUUCACUUCUCCGAGGACAACAUAUCUACCAAAUCGUUGGCGUAUCCGCUCGUGCACAAGAUUCGUCAACAAGUAUUCAUUCUAGAUAAGGAAUCAAAGGAUACCACACUACAUAAAAACACAGUUAGACUAGUGAACGGUAUUGCAUGCGACGCCACUUCCAUCGAAGCAGUUCUCUUGGAGAUACAUGGCAUAUUGAAGAAGGAUAGCAACAUUAGCGACUCAGGAACCAACAUUACUGCUGCAAACCUGGAUCUUGGGGCCACUGAGAACGCCGAUACUCUCAAGAUCCAAAACCAAAAUACAAUUACAGUGUAG